AUGGCCCCCUCCGACUCAGACCUUUCUUCUCUCUCUUCGGCACCACCGACAGAUGAUGAAGCAGCCAUGGCGAUCGAUGAACCUGUCGGAAUUGCUAAAUACUUCAAAAAGGAGUCGGAGACUCCUCCGCCGAAACGGGAGCCUUCACCACCGCAUGAAUAUGUCCUGGCUGAUAACCCUCAUAUACCUUUCAUCGUCAUGUUUCGCGCGCGUUUCCACGAAGCGUUCCCUCGGAGCGUGCCCCAUUUCGGGCCACAAGAUAUUGAGAAGGGAGUGGAAGACACCACCCCAGGCGAAUAUAUUGAGCGACUGCUAUGCGCUUUGCUGGGACUUGUUUUGAACCGCAAGAAAGAUGUUGAGCGCACUCAUUAUACAAGACCUCUCGAAGAGGCCAUACAGAGCCACCAGUCGCAAUGGCCCAAGGCAUGGGAGGGCAAGAGUCCCCUUCACGGGGGGCGUAGCUUUGCGACCAUGUCGCCCGAAGAACGCCUCGAACUUCUUCGGUCUUUGAUUCUUUGGUCCCUUUCCUCAUCCGAUGUGAUCCAAGCCAAGCUCAAGGAGUCAUACAAGCAGUCGCGCCACGAUGACGACUUGAACCAACCGCUUUCUGUUCAACACUGGGGUCGUGACAGCUUAAAACGACGAUACUGGCUGGCCGAAGGCCAAGAUGAUACACACUUCCGUUUAUACCGGGAAAGUAACCCCGCUUUGAAAAAUAUCAGUUGGUGGAGUGUUGCCGGAAGCAUUCCUGAGAUGCAGGCCAUUGCAGAACGGUUACAGGAGGAGAAAGGUAUAAAUUCCAAAAAACUCAGCGAAAGGAUUCAAAAUGCAAUUCCUCGGUUUGAGGCAUCAGAAGAGAAACGCAAGCGGCGUGAUUAUCGUUUGGCGCGCAAGGCGGCGUUCUUGCGACCUGAACCUGGCUUUUCUAUGUACGAGGGCCGCACCCGUGGCAAAAAGCUGAAGUACACGUACGAUGAUGAUGAUGAUGAUAUUUUUUCUGAUGACCAGCCAACAAGACGGUCAACUCGCAACGUAUCUGGCACCGAUGCAUUGGCUGAGCGCUCGCGUCCCCAAUUCACGGCAAGCGGUCGACAAAUUCGCUCCAGAGCCGGUGGUGUUUAUGGGGAGACCCUUCUCAGUGGCCAACGCGAAGACACCGAGGACGAUGGCGAGGAUGAAGACACCAGGAGACCGCAAAGAAAUCGGACAUCGACACACCCUAAUGGCUAUUCUGGAUAUGGCGAUGCAGACCUAGAAGAAGAAUCGGAUGCUCAUUCAACUGGCAACGACAGUGGUAAAGAAUGGGAUGGCGGAGAUGACGAUGAGAAUGACUUUGAGGGUGAUGACGAAGGUGAAAAUGCGAGUGGAGAUGAAUCGAUCAUCAAUGAAGAGUCCCCCAGUCUUGUGGUCCAGCUUCGCUACAACAAAACCCAUGCGUCGAAUGAUUCUAAGGUCUUAGAUGAGCCCCCUCCGGCACAAGAUACCUUGAUGAAAGAUGCCGAUCAAGUUGAAUCAUCGACACAACAACCAGCUCAGCCCCCAACAUCAGCAUUGGCUUCUGCGCCAGAAUCUGCACCGUUGCGACCACCGGAGGCUGCGCCUCCGGUUCAGACAAUGACUGCUCUUUCUAUGCCUUCCGUACCAAGCGCCACUCAGGUCAUUCCGCAGGCCCAGAACAACCUGCUUUCUGUAUCUACCAUGCCUUCAGCCUCUGAAAAUCCAGCCUCUGCGCUAUCAGACGUGCCGAAGGCCAGUCAAACUGCAGAAUCGAAUGGGGUCACUGGGCCUGGAUCUGGCGCUGGAAGCCAUCCUGGUUCUGGAAUGCAUUAUGCGCCGACAGCUAUCACGCAGGGCUGGCAUUCAACCAGCUAA